AUGGUGUCUACACAAUCUACGCAAAAAAAUCCCGAUCUCAGUUCCAGUCCACUCAUUGUCUCUAAACAAGAGGAUGAUGCUUUGUUUAAUCCAUUCUUGCUCGAAGAAUAUGUGAAAUACUGCAAUCUGCCAGCUAAGUCUCAGAAUGAUUCUUUUGAUGACUCAAAAAGCUCACCUAUGGAUGCGCAACCAUUAGUCAA